AUGAGGACCCAUGGACCCAUCCCACCCAGUGUGGACAAUGGAGAACAUUUAAGAAUCACACCAGGACUGAGAAAAUAUGCCUGUAAUAUCACACUGGAUCCAAACACAGCACACACUCAACUUGUGUUGUCUGAUGAGAAGAGGAAGAUUAUACAUGUGACAGAACCGCAGCCGUAUCCUGAUCAUCCAGAGAGAUUUGAUAGCUGUGAGCAGGUUCUGUGUGUUGAGAGUCUGACUGGACGCUGUUACUGGGAGGCUGAAUGGAGUGGGAAGGGUGCUGAAAUAGUAGUGUCAUAUAAAGACAUCCGGAGGAAAGGAGUGAGUGAUUGCUGGUUUGGAUACAAUGACAAAUCCUGGAGUCUGUACUGUUGUGCCAAUGAAUUCACUAUCUGGCACAGUAAUGUGAGCAAUAAUAUACCCUUUCCUUUAUUCUCUAAUAGAGUAGCAGUGUAUGUAGAUGUGUCUGCCGGCACUCUGACCUUCUACAGCGUCUCUGACACACACACACUCACACACUUACACACAUUCAACACCACAUUCACUGAACCCCUCUAUGCUGGAUUUGCAGUUUAUGCUGAUUCUUCAGUGUCUCUUUGUCAGAUUUAACAACUUGCUGCGAGAAACAUCUGAGACAUCACAAACAAGCUCUCACUUUUCCCAGCAGUCACAUUUUUUCCUCUGUUUUUGUAAAUUAAACAACUAACGCAGUGCUUCAAUCCUGGUCCUGGAGACCCAUCACUCUGCACAUUUUCUUUCCCCCUUACUUGAUUCAGAUCAUCAGCUCAUUAGGAGAGAGCUCCAUUAACUGAGUGUGUUAGAUAAGAGAGACAUACAACAUGUGCAGAGCAUUGGGUCGUCAGGACCAGGAUUGAAAACCACUUAAUUUAAAACUAAAAAUGAAGGUUUUGUUGCUUUAGCUUAUAUAUAUAGGUCAUCUACAUGCUAGUGUACAUUUGAAUGUUGUCCAAACCUGUUUGUUUUUACAAAAUAUAUCUAUACAAAUACUAUCAUAUUGAAAGGGUGUGUGUGCACAUCCAAGGACUUUGUAAGUGCAUAAACACAUCAACAUGUUUCUGUUUUGUUGGAGACUCAUACAAAUUGCUGGCCACUGGGAUCUUGAGAAUACAGAUGAUUGUUAAUCCAGAAGUAUGGCGAGUAAAGCUGGAGUAUAUUUAUGAAUUGUUCACACUAGAGGAAGGUUUUUGAUGCCAGGAUUGAUUAACUCAGGAACUGUUAGGUUAGGGGAAAAAAAAUAAAAAUCACCACAUUAAAGCAUGUAAGUGUAAAAGUUAAUCAUUUAAAUAAUAUCUGAGAAAAUCUUUUUUUGUUUGUUUUUUUUUGUUU